CGCUGUGACGAGCGAGGGCGGCCGGCGCCGGGUGGUGGCAACGGCCUCUCCGCUUCUGGUUCCACCAUCUUGCUGUGAAUCAGCAUCGAGCGAGGAAGCGGUGGAUUCGGAGCAACGAUGCUGUCGGCCGCUGCCUACGUUGAUCCUGGGCUCGGGUUGCACGGAGAGGUUAGACACGGCUCUGCGGUGCAGCAUCGCUUCUCCCCUUAUACCUUCAAUGGCGGGACCAUAUUGGCAAUUGCUGGUGAAGACUUUGUUGUUGUCGCCUCAGACACCCGACUGAGUGAAGAAUAUGCAAUUCACAGCCGGAACAGCCCUAAAUGUUACAAGCUGACAGAAACAACAGUUAUUGGCUGCAGUGGAUUUCAUGGAGACUGUCUUACACUUACUAAAAUCCUCGAAGCAAGGUUGAAGAUGUACAAACAUUCCAAUAACAAGACCAUGAGUUCAGGCGCUAUUGCAGCCAUGCUUUCUACAAUUCUGUAUUCCCGACGCUUCUUCCCUUAUUAUGUUUACAACAUAAUUGGUGGAUUGGAUGAGGAAGGGAAGGGUGCAGUGUACAGUUUUGAUCCAGUAGGAUCCUACCAGAGAGAUAGUUUUGUAGCUGGUGGAUCAGCUAGUGCCAUGCUGCAGCCCCUGCUGGACAAUCAGGUUGGCCUCAAGAACAUGCAGGGUGUGGAACAAGUGUCUUUGUCUUUGGAAAAGGCUUUGCAGCUGGUAAAGGAUGUCUUCGUUUCUGCUGCAGAAAGAGAUGUAUAUACAGGAGAUUCACUAAAGAUCUGCAUUAUCAGAAAAGAUGGAAUUAAAGAGGAAACCUUUUCAUUGAGAAGAGAUUAAUCACUGCACUGUUCAGUUAAAAUGUUUGGUCUCUAACAGUCAUUUUUAUGCAGAUUGUUACUGGUAACAUGUUAACAUUUGAUGGAUUAAAAUAAGGAAUCAAAAGAAAUAACGCUUCAUUGUUAAUGUUUCAUGGCAUGUGCUACAAGUAGAAUUUGAGUUACAUGAUCUUAGUUUGUGGAGAUAAUUCAUUUGUAAAAUCUAAAAUGUUAUUAUUUGAUGCAGGAUAAAAGGAAUUUCUUAAAGGUCACAGGAUUAGCCCAUGAUGUAUUUUUGUAGGUAGGCUGGCUGGGAAUUCUGGAAAUCCCAACAUUUCUGGAGGGCACCCUGUUGUGGCUGCUCCUUCUUAAAAGCAGCCAUGCCAACUAUGAUGUUAAAUACAUCUUUAUAUAUAACAAGCAUUUUUUAAAAACUGAAAUAGUAGCAGCUGAGGAACUGACAUUUCUUGGUAUCAGUUCAUUUAUUAAAAAAAAAAGAUGGAUGCCAUGUAGUUUUCCUGUCAACAAUAUACAGUAGAAGUGAUUUGCCAUUGCAUUGCCUUCUGGGAUUUUUUUUUUUAAUUUCCUGGUCUAAACUACAGUCCUGGUAUUCCUUACUGGGCUCCCAUCUAAGUAACUAAUCAGGCCUGACCCCACAUAGCUUCUAAGCAUAGAUGUCAACCAGAUGAUGCCGCUUGCUGAGACUACCAAUGGAUAAUUCCUCUCAAAUGCAGACUGCCUUCUUUGAAAAUGAUUCAGAGGAAGUGCUUUAGAAUGUGUGAGUGCAGUGUCUUUCUAUUAUCUAUCUCUCUUUUAGGCUUUUACAGGAGCCUAAAUAAUGAUGUGGCAACUUUAAUUAGUAGUAUAGAGAAAAGGUGCUAUGAUGUGGUUCAGCACUUCUCCUGAAUCAUUUUCAAAGAAUGCAUUGCCCUACAGAAUAGCACCUUCAGAAGAUAAGUUUGCAUUUUAAAAUGUUGUAUCUGGUUGGCUCAGAAUAUUUACAUUUUAAGGUCUCUAGUAUACCUGUCUUUCCAUGAAAUAUCCUCUCAGUUCAUGGGCAAGAUUAAAAUAAAAAAAGAGAAAUUUGUGUAAGCUUAA